AUGGAGAAUUUGCUGGUUCUGAUGAAGAGCGUUAUUGAUUCGUGGAUGAGUCCCAGCACCAUGGCCAUAGUAAUGGAUAUGAGCAUUGGCAUUAUGUGUGGAGCUGGGCUCUUUCUGCUGCUAAUCCCGUUCCUGAAGGAGUAUCCAGUGUCACCAGCAUCUGGAAGCAAAAGUGACAUCCCAAAGAAUGUAAAGAGGUGGCAGAAGAAGACCAGGAAGAAAACUGCUGCUGGAAAAGGUUGUAGAGAUGGAGGGAAAGAUCGGGAAGAGACCAAGACUCCUUCACAACUUAAAAAAAGUGUCACCAAGCAACUUGUUCAGGACUUCAUACCACAACCCUUUUGGAGCCCUAAUCAAAAUAUGGAAUACCUUCAACUCUCUCAGCUAUUUUCAUACCUCAAGGUCCUGGAGGAUCUUAUGCAGCACAACUUCAAAAGACUUUUCUGGGGCAUAUCUUCUAUUUUCUCUGAAUCAGUUGUUGCUAGUGCCCAGGUUUUCAGAAGACCUCCCUUGGCAAAACUUAAAUCUGUGAGGUUUACUGAUGCCAGAGGCCCUGCCAAAGCUCCAUCACAGGCUAAAGAAACUCCACAGAGUUCCAGGUACCAGCCAUUACAUCACCAACUUGUGACUCCAAAAUUGAUAGGUGAGAAACAGGUCCAAGAAAAGAAAAUCCUCCCAAGCUCUACCCUAAAACAAACACCUCCUUGCUUCAAGAGUAGGGCUUGUGAAUUGUCCUAUCCUACUGAGAGUAGGAUACAGUCAUCCCUACCAAUUGAAAGCCUAUCCCAAAAACAUGGACUGCAUUCACAAUACACCAAAGGUUAUGAAGACCAAAAACCCAUUCGCACGCCCAUUGGGAUCUUGCCCAGGAGCAUCCUGCCCACUAAACCUACCAGGUCAGCCUCCAUCCAUCCUGAGCAUUGCCAGAUACUCCAGCACCAUGAGGAGCCACAGAAUAUACACAAGACAACUAAUGUGGGAGAACAGCAAGGAUCCCCCAACAGAUUCCUCCCAUCCAGGAAACUGACCCAGCUUCAGGGACAUUUCCCAGCAAACAGAGAUCAUUAUUCCAUGAGCAGACCUCAACUCUCCCAGCCUGACCAGCCCUCCAUCCUCAACUCCAAAAACUACAAAUGUAGCAGAAUGAUGGGGUCUGUACCCACAGGGCUGCCCUUAAAGAGGGACACAGCAAAGGGUAAUGUGUAUAACACCAUCAAGAAGUUCCUUGGUUUGGGGGCAAAACCAGUGCCUUGCACUUCAAGCAGCAGCCCUGAGGAGGGGCUGACACCCAUGAACCCUGCCCUGAGGACAGACAAGCUGUCCUGCAUGAGCCCUGGUGAGCUUCAUUCCAUGCUUGACACCAAGACUGAAAAAAGGGUGGCACCAAAUAUCACAGCAUUUCCAGUAAAACGCAGAACGGGUCCAUAUAUGCAGAUCCUUGAGGCGAAGGAUCUUGCUUCACCAGGGGAUCCAGCUCCAAAUCUUCCACAGGUUGUGUAUCCCUCCUCACCCAUCUGUGAUCCCAAGGCUGAAUUCUAUUCCAAGGCUGCCAGGGUCCUGGAAAAAUUGCAUCACCAAGAUCCAGGAGGGACAUUGGUAGAUUGUUUAUCAACUGCCAGGCUACAGAGAGCUGGAUCUAUACCUGCAGAGGUUCGGGAGACCCAAAGAGCCCCUCCACCUGCUGCCAGCCAUAGGGCCUCAAAGGCCUAUACAGAUCCACUGCUGAGGUACCUGAGUUUUCUGCGACCUGCUUCCUACUUCCAGGCAGCAAAUCCCUACCAGAGCAGGACUAUCCGAGGCAUUGGAAAAGGCAGCCCACAACCAAAUACCAAUCCCAAAAUGGCCAAGCAUGUACCACAGAAAAGUUUUCAGGAGGUGGGCUCAGGACAUCAUCCCCAGAUUGUGGCAAUGGUAAGGCCUGGAGAAAGGGUCCCACCUUCAGCAGCCAAACAAACUAAAACAGCUGAGGUAAAAGAAGAGCCACCUUGUACAUUGAAAGUGAGUCUGGGAUCCAGUGAGAUUCACAGUAGCCAGGACAUCGAUAUCAGUCCCGGGGUCUUUGGGUCUUUACAGUCCAACAGAAGCCCAGUUCAUCUCCAAACACCUACCCCACAACACUCACAGGAUGCAACUCAAAAAACACAAGGGUACAGUAAGAUGAUUUUGAGUUCAGACAAGCAGCCAGAUGCCUUGCCUGUGAGACAUCAUCCGGAUGGCCUCAGUACAGUAUACUCCGCUGAGGUCUGCUUGCCUUCACAGAACUCUCUGCCCAUCUUCCAGAAUACAUGCCAAAACCCCAAGACUUCCCAGGGCUUAUGUGAUGUCUCCAUGAGGAGACCUGAGAGGGUGGAUACUCAAGACAACAGAGUCCUGAAAGAUAAGAUCAAAAUGAAGGGUCUCAAGGGGGUUCAACCCCAUGAAGAGAGGCAGAGUACUAUAAGAUCUAGAGCCAUAAGCCAGGGAGAAAGUCUUGGGAGAGUAAGGCCUUAUAUUCUGAGCUCCACACAGCUCAAGGAUACAACCAAGACUCAGAUAGCAGGAAAAGGAGAGGCUACUUGUAAAAGCUCUUGGAAGAACACCACAAGGAAUGCUGUACAAGAAAGAAACCUCAGCACAAAUUACACAAGGCAAGGGUAUUCUUUAGGGAAUGAUCGUCCCCCAGCAGCUCCUGAGAAGACACAGGAAGUCUUAAAAAAGAAAAAAGUCAUCUGCAGUAUGAUAUCUGAACUGCAGUCCCUUGUAAAUGCACUGUCUCAGAUUGUGAAGAACACUGAACGGGACACAUCAAAGGCAGAUAUGUGUAAAGGGGAAUCACUGACAUCCCAGCUGGGUAGCAUGUCCCACACGUCUGAGGGUCUCUGUAACACACACCAUAGCAGAGCAGCAAGCAGAAGGAGCUGUGGCCGUGCCAGCCCUGAGAUGCAUAACUAUCCCUUCACGUACAGAGGAACUAGAGACAAACUGCUGACAGGGACUGAAGUCCAGAAAGUCUGUGACCAACAUUGGAACAAAGACAAGAGAGAGACAGGCUUUGACCAGCUCCACAUGUCCAAGGGAAAAGAACUUCCAUGUGGGUACAGGGGAAUUGGAGACAAGCAGGCGUCCCGUCUUUCAGACAAGAGAGACCUUGACCCAGGUAAAAUUAUAACAGAUAUUGUAAUGGACCACUGUCCACAUAGAAGCUCCAAGGGGUACAAGCAGUCAUUCGGAUACAGAGAAAUUGAAGAUGAACAGCAGUCAGGUGUUGACUUUGACCCACACCAAAGUAGACCUAACCAGAAUAGGUCAGGGAGCAGGUGGCUCAGGCCAUCCUUGCUUUCACACACCAGGAUUUUCUAG